AUGAAUAUAACGGAAAAACCAACAGCGUUCUUUGUGUGCAAGUUUUUGUUCUUUUACUACAUUUAUAGAAAACCGUCCCUUCCGUUUGACCCACUGGUAUGCAAAAUAAAUAAUAGGAAGAUUCCCUACGUGUGUGUCAUUCAAAUAUUAGGUCUAAGUUAUUAUGGGCAGAGCGUCUGCUUGUACGUGCACGCUUUUUUCCCAUUCUUCUACGUUUUAAUACCCCCGGAAGAAAAAUCAAACCCAAAUCUCGAGGUCCAACUAUGCCAAUUUUUAGAAGAAGAAUAUGGCAAGGACAAACAAGACGAAACGCAAAAUGUGUGCAUAUACAACAUCGAAAGGGUAAAAAAAAAAUGCAUUUAUGGUUACAAAGAAGAGCCAGAAGAGUUUUUAAAAAUAUACUUCCUAUACCCCCACACCAUUAACUAUUUCGCCAGUUUACUCAAAAAGAAGUUAUUUAAAAACCGAACUUGGGAACUGUACGAGGUGCACAUCAGCUACAUGCUCCACUUUUUGUGCAGCAAAAAUAUUUAUGGCUGUUCAGAAAUUUAUGUUGAUAAAAAUGUUUUUUUUCGAAGAGAGUUUUUUAGCGCAAUAAAUUUUGAAUGUUUUAAGAAAGAAGAAAAAUGGAAUGUGAAAAAUAAAUGCGACAUAGAGUGUAUACAGGGGAACAAAUACGUAGACGUGAAUGCCCCAAGAUUUUUUACAGACAAGACGACAAAUGUUAAUUUUUCGAGUUUAGGAAGAGGAACCUCGUACGACAUCGAGUGUGACAUACGACAUGAACAUAUUUUGAAUCAUCGGAUUUAUUCCUAUGAGUUUCAAAAAUAUCGGAAAAAAUGGAGGGAAGAAUUCAACUUUGAUUUACCUAUUAAUUAUUUGGACUCCUUUGCGAAACUGUGGAUGAAGGAGAAGAAAAGAUGCCAAAGGGUGAACCCUAAUUUGGUAAAAGACAUUUUUAAUUUUGACCAUUUUGAAAAGAAUCUGAACGUUGCCUCGUUUGAUGUACUGACCCACAGGACAAAGAAGCUCUUCGCAGAGUUUUUGAAGUCGCUGCAGGGGGACGUCCCCGUGAAAGGGGUUAAGGAUGAGGUCAAACAGAUUAGCAACCAGGUGAACGGGGUUAGCGGCGAGGAGAAAGAGGUUAACAACCAGGUGAAAUGCAUUGACAGCCAGACUAAACGGGCUUGUGUCUACCCAAACGAAGCAGAAAAACGCGACUUGAACUUAUAUGGGGGAAAUUCCCCCAUUAAGGAAGCAACCAAAAUGACGCAGGAAAAGAAGCUUGACGAGGGGAAGCAAACACACAUAGCUUCAUUCGAAAUUAACAAUAAAAUGAAGGACGUCAUUAGGUAUGUUCAUACGAAGAAGGCACCGAGGAUAAGGGAGUGCUACGCUAUUUUGAACAAUCCGAAUGGCACAGAAAGGAGGGGAGAAGAUGAAGAGGGCGCAGUAAUAAUUAACCAGACAAACCCGAAGGGUGUAGGAAAAACUUGCCAAAAGGUAACAGUCCAGGAGAACGACCCGCUCACCACAUCAAACGUGAAGACACAACAAAAGGGGAAAAAAAAAAAAAAAAUGAACAUCAAGUACGGAAAUAUAUUUUUCCUUGAAAUUCUCACAGAAGUAAAGAGCAAAAAUCACAAUUGUUCCAAUUAUAUGGAGGACGAAAUAAAGGCAAUAUUUUAUCUGGUCAGAGAUGAGAGACUUAUGAAUUACUACGAAAAUUAUAGUAACUGUAUGGGCAUAAUAGCUAGCCAGCCAUUCCCUAAUAUUUUCCCCUACUUGUUGAGCAAGGACGAAGAAACAAAACCAAAAGGGGAACACGUCCCAUGGGUUGAAACGUGCAUCGAUGGUGCGUAUAUUCAUAGGGACCUGUUCGAGGAGCCACCUGGGGGGGACAACACGGAAGGAAAAAAAAGGGGAUUUAAUUUCGACGUAAACUACACUAGUGUCAAUAUCCACAUUGCUCAAAAUGAAAAAGAUCUUAUAAAAAAGUUGAUCGAUAAAAUUAAAUUUUACUCUCCACUAAGUAUAGUUUCUUAUGAAAACGACAAGUACAAUGUCAGCUACAUAAAUCAGAGGUGUCUGGCAUUAGACAUGGGCAAUUUUUACACACUCAUUAGUAAGCUAAAAGACCAGCAAGAAUUCAGAGAGGUGAGUAAUGAGUAUAAUAAAAAUAUAAAAGGUAUACUUAUCGAGAGCUUGUAUAAAUUGUCAAGCGUUUCAAACACAUCUUUUGAAAAUUUGUGUAAGCAUUAUUUGAAUGUGAAUGUACCCUCUAUAAGUAAGUACACUUUGUACUGCUGGUACAGCUACAUGGGUAGGGAAUCACGAAAUAAUGGCAGAGGUUCUGGUGAUAGUGGUUAUGGGGGCAGUGUUGUGAGCAACUGUGUGAUGGGGAGAGAAUCCCCUUAUUAUCCAUACAGGCACCUAAGCGUGCGGUACCUUUUGAGGAAAAUUAGCUUGCUCGUACUCAUAUAUGACAAAAUUGGGUACUUGAAAAACAGGAUGAAUUUUUGUAGGUACAUUCAUGUAGACUUAUUGUCCUUAAUAAACAGAGGGUCACAAUUUAUUAGCGAAUCUUUUCUCGUAAAACUGUGCAUGCAGAAUGGCUUCCUUUUGUACUCUCCUUCAAAGAAGGAGAUAAUGGAGCAAAGACCUGUUUUGCACAUCCCUUUGGUGCUGCAGCCGAAGAGUUCCAUAAACUUUUUUCCCCUGAUGGUCUUCGAUUUCCAAUCCCUUUACCCCUCCAUUCUAAUUGCGUUUAACAUUUGUUACUCCACCUGCUUGGGAACGCUGUCCUGCAAGGGAGGAUCCAAUGCGCACCCCCCGCAAGAGCAUCAGCAGGCGGGGAAGAAACGGGUAGAGUCUUCCUUGAGGAAGAGCAUCCCUGCAGAGGGUGUUCUCGAAGAGGGCGGGAUGUCGCACUCAGGUGGCGAUAGCUCGUCUGGCGACUUGCUUGAUGCUUUGGAUGUCCAGAGGAUGGCGGAGUUAACUUACCCUGCGAAUAAGUGGAAUGGGGCGUCUAGCCACGUGCGGGGUAAUGCAGACGAUGGAUCACUCGACAGGGAUGGUGAAUGCUUCGAAGAAAUGUCCCCCAAAUAUGAACCUUUUCCGAAGGAAUCAUGGAGCACUUCCAAUGCAUGGUCAAAAAAGGGGGAUGUGAUUCCCCCUUCCAACUGCCCCGAGUCAAGCCACCCAGUUGACGAAAAAAUUCCUGUGCAAGGAGAAGACCUGACCAAUUUUGAAUUCAUAAGACUAGGAGUGAGGAAAAAGCCACCCAAUGUAAAUAACGUAGUGAAGAAUUUAAGAAGGGAUGAUGUACUCAUAACAAGCAACAACACUGUGUACGUGAAGAAGAAUAAGAGGAAAGGAAUAUGUACUCUUUUCAUGGAAGAAAUGUUAAAAACACGAAUAAUGCUGAAGAGGUGUAGUCAAAUUUAUGAUAAGCAAACAGGAAAAAGGUUAGAAGAAAGAAUGUGUAAAUUAAAAAUGAUAUUAAACGUGGCCACAGGUUAUAUAGGAGCUAGCUUUUCAGGGAGGAUGCCAUGUGUGGACAUAUCAGAGAGUAUCAUUUGUACUGGAAAGAAUUCGCUCCUUUACAUCAUAGAAUAUAUAAAGGAACAUUAUGAGUAUGUUAAAGUUUUGUAUGGAGAUACAGAUUCCUUAUUUUUGUUAAACGAAAUGAACGAUCUUAGCUACACUUUUAGGAUAGCCCAGGACAUUUUGAAAAACGUGAAUGGCAUUUUGCCCUCUCCCAUGUAUUUAAAUUUUGAAAAAAUUUAUUGCCCUUCUCUUUUGAUGACCAAAAAGAGGUACUUUGGAUUUGCUUACAAAAAAGAGAAUGAUGAGAAACCUACUCUGGACCUCAAAGGGGUGGAAAGCAUGAGAUCAGAUCAGUGCGAUUUAGUGAAGAAUGUGCUUCUCCAGAUAUAUUUUAUAUUUUACUAUUUCAGGAAUUCUUGCCACUUAUCCUACUGUUGCUGCUGUUGUGCCAUGUGUAGGAAUUUUUUCCCCAAUUUUGUAUGCUCUUGUAAGGAGUUAAACUUGCAUAGGACGUCCCCAUGCUUCUUAUCUGAGAUGGUGGAGGCGAUUCUGCGUGUCUAUGGAAGGGUAGAGAGGGGGGAAAAGGCUGCUUGUGUGAAGGUGGAAGCGAAUGCGGGGGAACCUAAAACGGAGGAGAGCAAAAAUAAGUUAUACGACCAUCUCAUAAGAUUAAUAAACAGCGAGAGGGAUAACACCAUUCUUAAGUUCAUAAAUUACUUAUAUAGGAAAAAAUUCGCCUUUCUGUGGCACAUAUUUACCCAUUUUGAUGUGUCGCUUUUUAAAAUGGAAAUACAAAAAAUGAUCGAGCAGGAUUAUGAAAAGAUUAUUAACCAGACAAAUGACUGCUGUGUUAUGAACCCAAACAAUAUUACAAAAACUUGUCUUUGUGUGGAAGAAAUAAAUGCAAAGAAGAAAUGCGAUAGGGGAAAAUGUUUCUGUAAUGUUAAGCAAGCUCUUGUGUUCUUUUCUCCCAAUGGAGUUAGCGAAAGUGAGACGGGGAGUGCCUUUGGUAUGAAAGUGUUUUACACUCACCUGACGAGAAACAUAAAGAGAGUGCUACGUGAUUUAUUUAACAGAAUAUAUGAUGAUAAAAUUGCGUGUGAUAAUUUUAUUAUAUACAAGAAAGUGAAGUUGGGGACGUACAAAGGAGAAUUGGAGUGGGACAAAAGGAAAGUGCCUCUACCGCCUCAAGCAGUUGUGGCGAAGAAGCUUUUAAAAAUGAAUCCCCAGUUGGUCAUCACUUAUAAGGAGAAGAUUCCUUUUGUGAUUACGAAAAAGUUGAAGGAGGAUAAGAUUUAUGACUCCGUUGCACAUCCUUCCUUCAUCAGGGGUAUUUACAAUUGUGCUAGGGGGGUUCCCACAGUGGAUAUGCAAACGGGGGAACGGAUCCAUCGAGGGAACGUAUCCCCCCAGAAGGAAAACGACUUCAUGCGUAGAGAGAUAGCCCCAAAUAAUCAAAAGAAACUGAAGGAAAUAAAUUUCGAUUAUUAUAUUCAAAACUUAGUUAUUCCCCCUUUGAAGAGAAUGUUGGAUUUGCUUCCCUACGGGUCGCCAAAUCUGGAGGAGAUAUUUUACACAACGAGGAGGAAGUAUAGCUUGGGAAAAGGCAAGAUUGAACUAUUCACGAGGAAUGUUGGGAAACUUGAGAAGAGUAGGUUAAAGGCGAAUGAUUUGUCCAGAGCUGGAGGGGACAUAUAUGAGGGGUGGAAAAGGGUCGAAGAAAAAGGGAGCCAUGGUGAGGCGCUGCUCUACCGUGAACCUUACCACCACGACACGACAAACUGUAAUGUAAAAACGGGGAACACAGAAAACGACAAGACAAGAACACAAAUAAUUCAAAAUUAUGCGGACUUGAGCAGGUCACAGAAUAUAGUAAAGCACUUGAACAAAAUGUGUGUCCAUUGUGCCAACUCCGAAAUGGAGGCGUCGGCGUGCCAGUACGCGGUGCACUGCGAUGUGUUUUUUAAAAAAGUCAUUUCCCAAGAGCACAUUUCCAAGUGUGAGGAUACGAUAAGGAGUUUGAUGGGGGAGAGUUUCCCCUGA